GCCAAUCUUUUGAAACUGAAUCGCUCAGAUUUUCAACCCCUCAAAACGCAUCAACCCAUACGGUCGAGCUCUCUUUCUUUUUUUUUUUUCUUGGCGCUGAGCUGUUCUAAGCUUUAGUUUGUCCUUUCGAGUCGACAGGCACAAAGACGAUGCCCUCGCGCACCUUCUCGCUGCGGCAGGCAGUCGACUAUGUUGGCAACGGACGAUUCCAGCUGCAGCUCCUGCUCAUCACUGGCGCAACGCAGCUCGCCGACGCAAUGGAGCUCAUGCUGCUGCCGUUCCUGACCAACGCCGUGCGCUGCGACGCCAGUGACGCAAUGGCUGCGUCCGAGCCAGAGCUUGCACUGCUUUCGUCUGUCGUGUUCAUGGGCAUGCUGCUUGGCGCUUGCUCGGCGGGAUGGAUUGCCGACGUGUUUGGUCGCAGGUACGGGUUUCUGCUGACGACGGCAUGCUGCGCGAUCGCAGGCGCAGGUAGCGCUGUGGCGUGGAGCUUUAAUGCACUGCUGCUUGCCCGAUUCGUUGUUGGGUUUGGAGUCGGCGGAAGUCCCGCGGCCUUGUCCCUGUACGCAGAGUUUAUUCCGUCGACAGCCGUCAGAGCGCGCCAACUGCUCGUCUUCCUGUCCUUUUUCUCCAUUGGGACGCUGCUUGAAGCGUGUAUUGCGGUUGCCGUUUUGCCGUCGUAUGGCUGGCGUGGAUUGCUAUGGGCAUCCGCGGUGCCGUCCGCUCUGCUGCUGGCGAUCGCGGUCGUUUUCCCCAAGGUUUUGCCCGAGUCUCCACGCCUGUUGCUGACCGGCGUUGGUGCAUUUGCUCGGGAUGCAGCGGCAGCUGCCUCUCAGGCAAAAGCCGUGUUUGAUCACGCUGCCCAGGUGAAUGGCAGACCGUUCCCGGCCGAUUGGGAGUUGGUAUUGAGCGAUGCUGAUACCCGCGAUGGCGAUGGCGCUGGCAGUGAUACCCACGAUGACUAUGACCACCAUCUUGAUGCAGAUAAUGCAGCGCUACUGCAAAUCUCUGCACCAGGGACCACCACACCACGCAAGCAGGCCAACCCCAUCCGUCUUUUGCUCUCGAGCGAAAAUCCUCUCCGGCGUCGACAGUUUGCGUUGCUGUGUGGCAUGUACUUUCUAAUGGCUCUUCUGUACUAUGGACUGGUGAUUUUCACCGUCACAUUGGCAGCCGCGAGCGACUCGCCCUCCUCCUCCUCGACCUCGCCCAGCCAAAACUCAUCGACUUCGUCCAAUGAAUGCGGCUCGCUCGCUGGACGCGAAUGGGAAGUGAUUCUUGAAAAUGCUGGAGAAUUGCCUGGACUGCUGCUUGCAGACCAGCUCCUCAAUCGAAUUGGACGCCGGAAAACAAUCGCGUCUCUCUUUACGCUCUGUGGCGGUCUGCUGAUGCUUUUGCUACUGCCAGAAAUUCGCGGUGCAAAUGCAGGAGCAGUUCUGUCCAUCAUCAUGUGCGUGGUCCGAAUGAGUGCGCUCGGCUUUAACCAAUCCUUGUGGGUGUUCACCACCGAGCUGUUUCCCACCAACGUUCGGGCUUCUGCGCUCGGCGUUGCGUCCGGAUUUGCUCGAAUCGGUGGGAUGGUCAGUCCCUUCGUUGCCCAGAUGCUUUUCGCCACGUCUGCCACAGCCUCACUCUGCCUGUGCAUCGGCGUGAGCUUUGCCUCGGCACUUCUCAUCCAUGCCGUGCCAACCGAAACUGCGUCUCGACAACUUUCUUAAUAAUUAUUUGGGCACUUUGAGGGGAGUUUUGUGUGUGUGUGUGUGUGUGUGUGUGUGUG